AUGUUAAGAUUCAAACUUUUUAUAUAUAUAGAAGAUUUAAUUUUUUUAAAAAGUUAUAUUUAUUUAAAAACGAAACGGACCAGGAAUUUUUUUUUUUGUGCUUUGAAUAUUUUUACUUUAAGGUUUUUAAAUCUUAAACAAUUUUCUCAUAACACCGUGGCAUCAUUUUAA